AUGUCCAACGUAGAAGCCGAUCAUACCAGAGACCCUUGCCCUUUGGUCAUCAUCAGUGAUUUUGGUGGUGCUUUUGCUAUGGGUGUAGUUGGUGGUUGUGUUUGGCACGGUAUUAAGGGUUUCCGUAACUCUCCACUUGGUGAAAGACGUUUGGGUGCUUUGUCUGCCAUUAAGGCAAGAGCCCCAGUCGUUGGUGGUAAUUUUGGUGUCUGGGGUGGGUUAUUCUCCACUUACGAUUGUGCAGUGAAGGCCGUUAGAAAAAGAGAAGACCCUUGGAACGCUAUUAUCGCCGGUUUCUUCACAGGUGGCUCUUUGGCCAUUAGAGGUGGUUGGAAACAUACUAGAAACUCUGCCAUCAGUUGUGGUAUCUUGUUGGGUCUUAUAGAAGGUGCGGGUAUACUUAUGCAAAAAUGGAUGGCCCCUCCAGUCCAACCAAUGUAUGAUCCAAACGCUCAACCAUUAGGAGCUUGA